AUGUCCACCAUUAGCAUGAACCCAAAUAGCUUGUCCACAAGGGAGGGCAGAGACGGUAUCAUUAGCAAUCAACUGGCCAGGAGUCAGCGCACGAUACCACAACGGAUCAGACAUCGUACUAUUGGUAGUUUUGAUUCCGAGAAGGCAUCCAGCAUCUCCCUCCGAGAAGAAGUCCGCAGGCGUUUACGAGAGGGCGUGGAGAGAGACCACUCCGGGCUAUACGGGCCGCAGCUCGUGGGCACUAUCCAGAACCCAUUGGAAACACAUGGUCGCACGGCACCCCUGCCAGAAGAGGACAUCGACAAACUUCUUUCGGACAUAGCUGAGAUCAAGGCUCUCCUGCUCUGCCGAACGCUUCUAUCGCACGCCACACUGCUCCCAGCAGCUCUGAAGGCCAAGAGCGUAGAAGAGUUUAUUGAGGACCCGUCUAUCGCUCAUACUGACCUCAGAGACUUGUGUCUGAAAGUUGAGCAACCCAACUCCCAAGCGUUGAGGGACGCCUGCGCUGACUUUGCCCGGGGCGACAAUCCUGAACCUCCACCGCCAGAGGAGGAGCUCGAGGUCUUGUCAACAGAGGAAAUAUUUAGGCGGAAUUUGAUGUAUGGUGACAUGAAUGACAUGGGUCUCUUCUCCGCCUUGAUGUCAGGGAAGACCAAGAAAAUCAUGGCGGCAGAGUCAAACAAUCUCAAAGGCGAUUCGGAGAAGAAGUCAGUGGGGAAGAGAAUGAAGAUUACGAUCUGCGGUAAGACUAUAUGGAAUCACGCAAGCGAACUUGCCAUGGCUCGAGAUGGAUGGCUACAGUUCUCUAUCAUGGCUAAAGACUGCACCUUUGAGGAGGCCGUCCUGCUCUGUCGGAACUGGGACGAGUUCUAUGAGCUGCAAACUCUCGUCUUGUGGCAUUUCUUUCCUUCGGCCAAAUGGGCGUCCUGGUCCCAGAAUGCGCUAACCGAGCAGCUACUUCGCAUGCGCGGAGACCCGGUCACCAAUCGCUUCAUUGACUAUUGCAUCAUGCAGACUGGCAAUCUGCAAAUCCUCGUUCGAGACGGCAAGACUGGGCAGACUCUGUACGCUCCUCAGGGAGAGAACGGGCGGUGGAUCCAUAGGGUGAAAUCGGGUCUUGGCCGAGCAUCGAAGAACGAGUUCGAGGUGCUGCAAGCGGUUGAUAGGAAACUGUUGCUGGAGCUGGAUCGCCAGCGGAAGUGGCGAUUCAACUUCGACUCCCACUAUGAACUCUACAUCUGGGACUUUGUACCUGGCGAGAACCCAAUGGAGCUAUUCCAUUACUUGGUAGAUAUGCUGCGAAGGGCUCGAAGGAUGCGAGAGUACCGAGACAUGUACUUCCACCAGAAACAUAUCCUCGAACAACUGACCCAGGACGAGGAUACCAAGCGAGUCCGACAGAUCCGCGCCGGCGAACAGACACAGAGCAUCUAUGAUUCUGUUACCGGCCCGACAGCAAGAUACGCAGUCCAGCGGAGCAGGGGUGGCGAGAUGAGGACGAUAGCCCACGACGAAUUGCCCGAGGACUCCUCAAUGCCGUACGCCAUGUAUAAUGAGGCCGAUGUUGUUGAGGACAAGGUUCUCUUCGAUGGAGGGCGUGACCAAGGCCUGUUCACACCGAUCAAAAACCCUUUGGUCAUUAUGGAGAGCUCUCCAAUGACGGAGUCAAUGAUACGAUAUGGUGCCAGCCUCAUCGAUGGGGCGGACAUGGAAGAUUCGGACGAGGAUGAAUUUGAUGGCCACGCUGGGAAGAAGAAGGCUUUGCUCUCUGCGAGCGACGACACUGAAGCCCAGCAUUUCAUACACUCCGUACCCCCGAUUUGGAGACAAGCCUACUUCGAAAUAAACCGGAAUUUUGGAAAACACGGCAAGGAUAGAGAGGAUAUGCUCAAACAGGGGCUUCAGAACUUCUCUUCGGCCAACACUGCUGACGCGGCCUGGGCCUGGUACUGCCUCGACAUCCUCGACACGCUUGAGCUGCGAGCCUGGUAUGAUGACUACGACCAGAACCCCCUUUCGCCCUGGCCACACCGGUAUCUCGCCCAGGAUGUCACGCAGGCAUUCGUCACGAUGGGCUUAUUCUUCCCUGAUCUAGAGGUGACCAAGCUGGUCAGAGAGUAUCUUGGCUCCGAGCAAGGCUCGCAAUUCAAGAACUCUCAGAUCUUUGACCCUGUUACGCGCUCGCGGAAAGCGCUGGAUCGGCGUUCGAGAACUAGUCAGUCUCGGAAGCCCGAAAGCUUCUUUGAGGAGCUGGAGGAGCUGGAAGAGUGCGAGUCGAUGAUAGAUUCAUAUCCUUUCGAGUGGAGCAAGGCUGUGAGGCCCAUUAUUGCAAAGUUGUACCGAGCCGGCAUCAUCCAGCCGUCCGACACGCAGCCACACCCCGACGUGUGUCCCGGGUACGCAUUGGCAGCGGAGGAGCCCCACCGCCCCGGCAAGCUAGACUUCUUCGUACGCUUCGAGCUGCCCCCGGACAACCCGAUCCGGCACCCGCCCGAGUGGGCGCCGGUGGAGGACUGGCCGGACCUGCUGGCGAGCGCGCGGGCGUUCGCACGGGGCAAGCCGGGGAGCGCCAGGUUCUCGCUGCUGCGCCUCUGGUCGGCGCCGCACUUUUACCCGCUGAUGGUCGGCUACUGGAACCGGUCCCACGUGGUGUUCAUGGACUCGCGCGGGCGCAGCUGGGAGUUCAAGUUUGUCCCCAAGGACCUCGAGGGCAGCGAGCUGAGCGCAAUGCACGCGACGUCGAGCAGGGUGAAGCUUGUCGUCGAGAGGGCGCGCAUGCACAGUGGGGUGGACCUUAGCAAGCACUUUGUGUCCCGGGGCGAUGCAGUACUGGUCAUGGCGGAGUCUGAGGAGGAGCUUCUCCGGUUGAGCACGAUCGUGACGUUUGCGAUGCAGACUAAGCCGUGGCCCAGGGAGGUGGACCUGUGGAGGAGCUUUGUGAAUGUCGAGCUGGACUUCUUGCAGGGUUUGGACCCGGCCUGGCUAGACUGA